AUGGCGUCUCUUGUCUUCAGUCUUGCUGAUGGGCGAGUGCGCGCCUUUGCCUUUGAGAGUGGUGAUGUGAUCGAGGACUUUAACUCCUUGGAACAGUGGGAGGUGACAAACGACACUGAUCGCCUUCAGUCCAUCCUGUCAAAGAUGACCAUUGCCAAGAUUGACUCCACCCUUCGAUCCUUGAAUUUCUCCACGCGCAAGGGUUGCACCAAGGCGGUCAUGAUUCGCUCGUUUCUGGAGCAAUGGGAGCGCAUCAAGGUUGGUGCAUUGGCGACCCAUGCGCACAACCAAGCAAUGGCAUAUCUUCAGAAUGAGGCGACGGCAAACGCCCCUGCGUCUUCUUCCAAUGUUGCCACUGGGUCAGACGGUUCUUCCUUCACGCCCUUCAAUGGAUAUGCCCACCGUUUGGCAGAUGAGGUGAAUGCUGACCCUAGCACCAACCUUCUGGGGAACAGUGAGGUGGAUGAUCUCAUCACUCAAGCACGUGAGAUGGGAUGGAAGAUCAAUGUGAUUCGUCGUGCCAAUAUGCCUAAUGUGCGGACCAACAAUGAGAAGAGCGAGGACAGCGAGAGUGAGAAGAGCGAGGACAGGGAGAGUGAGAAUGACUUCACGCUGGCAGACUUCCUUGAGACGAACACCUUUGACGAGGAUGACACCCACUUGUUCUACCAGUUCUUCUUGGAGGAUGGCACGGACUUUAUCACCAAGACUGUUCGUGUGAUGGAUUGGAAGAGGAAUUUCAAAUUGUUGGAAUUCAAGGCGUUGGCGUCAACCACCAUCUCAUUCCUGAAGAACAUGAUUUGUGAUGGCAUCAACGAGAUGCGCCGAACCAAGCACAUCGGUGGCAAUGGCAUGACCAUUCGUGACUUCAACCUCAUCAACAACGGCGUGAAGAUGCAUGAUGAUGAUGUGCUUGACAACUUCCAAGACGACGAGGGUGAGAAUGACCACGUCACAGUGUACCUUCGUCUUGUUCUUCGUGGCGGUGGCAAGAUGUUGGGGGCGAAGAAGGCAUCCAUCACCAAGAAAACCAUCAUUGAAGAGAAGAAGAAGGAUGUUCUUGUCAAGGUGAUGAAUGUGAAUAUCGUCAACAUGGUUGUGGAGAAGAAGACGAUUGAAGAAGCGGGGCAGUCAAUGACAACCCUUUAUAACUGUGCCGAGACCGACGGCAUGACCGCCUUCAAGUAUCUGCUCCAGAAACUCAGCACAAGGAACCUUGGAGACAGGAAGUCCUCGCCCGCCAUUGAUGCCCUCAAUGCAACCCAUGUGGACAUGAGGUUGGUCAAGCUUGGUGACAUGAUGCUUAGGGACACUUACCCGUCUCUCUUCACUCUCUCCGACGAGGUGAGCGGAAUGCUUGAAAGCGCAGAGUUAACGUUCGAUUACAUUUUGCACUGCGCCUUUCUCAAGGAAAGCGGUUCCAUGAACUGGGCAGAGGUUAAGAGGGCCAUUGAGGAUGAGCAGGUCCGUCGUUCUCCGCCUGCUGAUAUUGCAGGUGAAGACAUGUCCUUGUAA